AUGGGAGCCGACAAGAAGCCUAGAAGGGCCCUGAAAAUAUGCUGCAGCGUGUCUGCGAUUCUCUUGAUCGCCUUUCUAGUGGCUGCAGUGGUUCUGUUCCUCACCAUACUCAAGCCUAAACAGCCAAGAAUCGUCACUAAUGAAGUUACCCUUGAAUACAUAAAAUGGGUGCCUCUGUUUGAUGUAAAUGUGACACUGGGAGUUAAAGUGACAAUCGACAAUCGCAACUACGCAAGCUACAAGUACGAAAACAGCUCUGCUCGCGUGAGCUACCGGGGGAAUUUUGUAGCCGAGGCACCAAUUCAAGCAGACAAGAUUCCAGCUCGAGGGAAGCAUGAAGUAGCCACAACUGUGAAAGUAAUAGGAGAGAAUUUGAUUUCGAAUCCUUAUUUUGGGCCUGAUCUUGUUUCUGGCUGCCUGAAUUUCACUUCAUCAACAACACUGCACGGGGAAGCCAGAGUGUUGAAGUUGUUGAAGGUGAAAGCCACCACUACCACCACCUGUGACAUCUCUAUAUAUGUAGUGGCUCAGAAUGCCUCCUCUUCCUGCAGAUCAAAAGUCAAGUACUGA